UGGUACAGCUUAUUUUUUUUUGCGCAGAAGGACAUCCGAUCAUCAUUCUCGUUCAUAGCAAUGCAUGGCAUUGGUGCAUCAGCAUAUUCAGCUAGCUGUUAAUAACAGAUCAGUUCAUGGCACAAGAAACAACAGUCAUUGAGUUCUCAUCCGUGGAAUUUACACGACAGUCUCACCCAUCUCCAGCUGCUGGAUGCUGGACAGCCGACAAUCGUCUCCCUUCCACACCAAGGUCUGAUUCUUUUCCAAACCACAUAGGCAAGAGUCACGUAAUGUAUAGCGAUGUUAUUUGGAGCCAGGCAUCAAUGAAGAUCCUGGACUGUUGCUCCACAGUUGGUAAACAACUUCUACAGCUCUUCAGAGACAUCUACCCGAAAUCGAAUAUGAGCCAAUUCCCACAGCGUCUGUCGCAUCAUUUUCCAAAUUCCAUUACGUUGCUUCCCAAACUGUCCGUUGUCGAGAACUCGGGAUGUUCCGUGCUUAAGGCUCCCAUGUGCAGCAUCAACAUUUGGAGAGUACACAUGAACAACGACAAACCAAAUAUCCGCGCAAGUUUAAACCAGCUCAGUGCACCCCAUCUCAAGAUAUCACGACGUUAUAUGUACUUUGGCCAUUUGAUGUUCGAACUCAAUUGUGAGGUCCUAGUUUAAAUGGAUAAAGCAGCGUCAACUUCAACGAGAAAAUGUUCCACAGAGAAUCACUUCGCCUGCUUAGAAUGGCCGAGUGGCGAAAGGUCGCCUCGCUCAUUGACUUGGUUUGGUUAUUGGAUUUGCCCUGUCCAGAUAAAAACUGUCAUUUAAACUUUGGAUCAUAACCAACGUUUUUAAAUUUUGGUCUUGGCUCGGAGGGGCAAACCUUCCUGAGAGCCGAGGCUUCGCAGAUGUUCACCACUGAAGCUUUUGACAGUGGACAUGCCCAUCGGGACGAGUAGUACUGACUUCGAUGGCAUUUAGAGCGAAAUUAGAGAUCUCAACUUAUUUUUUGAUCAACAACAAGAAGACAGAACAGAAUAGUUUAUCACAGAAAAACAUAGUACAAACAAGGGUUCUAAAGGCAAACUUGCAUACAGGAUGAAAAACCAAAAAAAAAAACGGCUAGAUAAGAGAAAAGUACUAGACAAAAUAGUCCCGGACAGACCAAACAGC